AUGGGAAAGCGAAAGAAGAGUUCCAGAGGGCCCCAGGGUCCAAGAAAGAAGGAUCCACUUCCUACGAAAUUUACGUGUCUGUUUUGUAACCACGAAGAAGCUGUUACCGUACUCCUGGACAAGAAGGGUGGGGUCGGACAACUCGAUUGCUCCGUGUGUGGCCAGACAUUCCAAUGUGCCAUAAACUACCUCUCCGCCGCCGUUGACGUUUAUGGUGAAUGGGUGGAUGCGGCUGAUAUGGUAGCCAAGGAGGCUGAUAGUAGGCAGGACGGGCCAGAGCCUACUUCUCGAGCGAUCCGAUCGCGAAGAACCCCGGAGGAUGACGUCGAUGCUGAUGACGAAGAGUAA